AUGAAUUAUGGCUAUGCAGAUCUUGAUGAGGACAUUAACGAUGACAUCGACUAUUGUUCGAAAGAGCUAUAUAAACAGGUCCUUGCACACGUAUUACUUACAAAUCAGAAUGUACUUGAAGUGAGUUGUGGUAGAGGUGCUGGUGCUGUUUGGUGCGUCCAUAAUUAUGCAUCUGGUUCUUAUGUGGGAGCUGAUCUUUCUUCCACUGUUAUUGAUGUAUGUCGGCAACGCCAUUCGAUGAUUUCUCGACUUUCUUUCGUAGUAGCUGAUACAACAAAAUAUUUACCAUUUGAAAAUGAAUCACUUGAUAUUGUUCUUUGUGUUGAAGCAACACAUGCUUAUGGUGGACCAGCAGCAGUACAACGAUUCGCUAGUGAAGUCGCUCGUGUACUUCGUCCAAAUGGAUAUUUUCUUUGGUGUGACUUAUGUCACAUAGAUGGAUCAGACACAUCCAUUGAUUAUUUAACAGCAAAUGGUGAAUUGAUUGUUGAAGAAAAGAUCAAUAUUACAAGGAACGUUCUCCAUGCACUUGACAUUCAAAGCAACAUUCGUGCUGAAUUUAUUGAACGUUAUGCUCGACCAAAAGAACAAGAAUAUUUUCGUUUGUUUGCUGGAUUACCUGGUACUCGUAUGUACAAUGGCAUAUACGAAGGACAUAUACAGUAUUGGCGAGCUGUAUUUCGAAAGAAAACAACAACAAAUAUGUCUACCAUCUGA